UAGCCGAGCUCCUUCUCCUUCACUUCACUUCACUUCAGUCACCUUUUCCUUUUCUCUGAUAGAGGACGAAACACGUUUCUCUCUCUCUCUUUUUUUUUCUCAUCAUCAUGGCCAGACCCCAACAACGCUAUCGUGGAGUCCGCCAAAGGCACUGGGGCUCUUGGGUCUCUGAAAUUCGCCACCCUUUAUUGAAGACUAGAAUAUGGCUAGGAACUUUUGAAACGGCAGAAGAUGCAGCAAGAGCAUAUGAUGAAGCUGCUAGGCUCAUGUGUGGGCCAAAAGCACGCACCAAUUUCCCAUACAACCCCAAUGAGCCACAUUCAUCCUCAUCCAAGCUUCUCUCUGCCACUUUAACAGCUAAGUUACAUAAGUGUCACAUGGCUUCCCUUUCUCUUCAAAUGGCCAAGCAGAAACCACCACAGAACAAAGAGCCUCAACCAUCACACGGGUCCAAUCCAUUUGCCUCUGCCAAUGCCAUUGCUGGAUCAAGCGCUGACACGAGUUUUCGAUGGCCAGAUAAUAGACAUGAGGAAUUCAGGUGGCUUGAAGGGAAUUGGGUUGGUGUUGAAGGCCAGGUUGAAGUUUCCAAUCAACAGUUUCAGCCAGUUCUUGAAGAUGAUCACAUAGAGCAGAUGAUACAGGAGUUGCUUGAUUAUGGAUCAAUUGAGCUUUGCCCUGUUAGCUCAACCUAGACUCUAAAGUGUAACAUUCGAGGUUUUAAAAAACAGUCUGCAAUCGUGUUUCCAGCCGCAACAUAAAGGUUUUUGGGGUGUCUGCGACUGCAACAGUCACAAUUGUGACUGAUAGUCGUAUUUGUCUGCAAUUUUCUGUAAUAAGAAGAAACAUGAUGAAACUGCGACUGCGGCCGUUUUUUAAAACCUUGAUAGCAUUCUCUAUUGGCAAGUGCAAACAUCUUUUUUGGGGUACUAAUUCACCAUGUAAUAAUAAAGGUAUAAGCUUAGUUUAGUACCAUAGGAAUCUUAGUCACCGUUAGUUUCUAUUACUUCACCAAUUAGAAGACAACCAUGCGGAACCAGAAUGUAGCCAAUGAUGCGAAUGGAAUAUCAUGCAUAUGAUGGACUAUAAUAGAGUACAAUUUUCCAGCUUCUGUUUUUGUUUAUAUCCUACUACUAAAAGUUGUCCAAAAUUCUUCAAAUAAAACAGGAUGGAUGUGGGACCUUGUGUUAGACA